AUUUUAUUUCAGGGUUAAUAUUAAUAAUUGUGUUAACAACCUUGGCAUUGACGAAUUCAUUAAAUUACCAAGACAGCUACAAUAUAACCCACCUUGACCUCUUCCAAUCCAGAUGAAAAUGGAUGACAUGAUUGAAUGCUUGUUUAUUUUUAUUUAUUUUUAUCACUGAAAAGCAGAAUCUAUGUUCUUGUGAGAUUCUCUCAAAUACUCUGCACACCAUGAAAGAGCUGAAAAAAUCCAGCAAGCAGUUUUUCCAUUGCUUCGUCAGAAUGCUUCAGUUGACAAUGUUAGGAUUUCAUUCCCAGUGAUUUCAGGUGUUAAAACAAAUACAGACUAUUUGUUGGUCUGUUAUUACCGAUGGCAAGGAGAGGGAAGUCAGAUGCUUCAACCUUCCAAGAUAAACACUACCUUGUGUACUCACAUCAUUGUAGGAUUUGCAUUAGUAAAAAAUAACACUCUAGUUCCAGCUGAUCCAUCUGAUAUCCAUGGCUAUGAACUGGUAACAGGAUUGAAAAAAACUGUACCAAAUCUGAAAGUUAUGCUGUCUGUUGGUGGUGGAGGUGGAGCUAAAGGAAUAUCGCCUUCCGUCAGUACCAGCCAAAAUCGAGCAAAGCUGAUUAGUUCAAUUAUAAGUCUAUUGAGCAAAUGUAACUUUGAUGGAAUAGACAUUGAUUGGGAGUUUCCUGUGUGGGAUGGUUCAUCACUGGAGGAUAAAAAAAAUUUCAUUCUCUUUCUGAGGGAUCUCCGAAAUGCUAUAAAUUCAGAGCGAAAGAACUAUAGAAAUAAGCCUUUGCUGCUGUCUGUAGCAGUAGCAGCAGUCCUACCAAUCAUGAGAGCAUCAUAUGAUAUACCAUCAUUGGCCAAGUACGUUGAUUUUAUCAACUUAAUGAGUUACGACUACCAUGACUUUACGUGGUAUCUGCCAUUUACUGGACAUAACAGUCCUCUUUAUAAAAGGAAGGAUGAAUUUGGAUAUUUUGCAACUUUAAAUACAGCAUGGUCAGCAGAAGAAUGGGUCAAAAAGGGAAUGCCCCGUUCAAAGAUAAUGGUUGGAAUUCCAACGUAUGCACAUACCUACAUCUUGGCUACUCCUUAUAUCCACGGGUUCAAUGCUCCUGCAGUUGGAGGGGGAGAAAUGACUUAUGAUGAGGCUUGCAAUUUUGUGAAGAAUGGAGCUGUGCGAGUGUUCGAUAAAGAGAGUCAAGUACCUUAUGCGUACAAGAAUAGAACUUGGGUGGGAUACGAUGACCUGGAGAGUGUCACUGCUAAGGUAAAGUGGAUAAAAUCCCGAGGGUUUGGUGGUGUCAUGACUUUUGACCUCAACUGUGAUGACUGGAACUCGGUAUGUGAUAAAGCUUUACCAUUUCCUCUGCACAGAAGGAUGUAUGAACUUUUGAAGACUUGAAGCAAUGAUUCUUUUUCACUAUUACAGUAUUAUAUAAACGUUAAAUGAAAUGGUAAUUUUUAUAAAUAGUUGAAAAUAAUAAAUUAAUUUUGUAAAAAAUGUUAUUUUUUUUUGUGUAACAUUUUUCUUUUGUGAAUGACUUCAUUGUAAUGAUACAUGAUUUGAUAUAAUUGUAAUUAACGUGUGACUUGUAAUAAUUUAUAGCAUUUUUGCUGGUUUUAUGAAUGUUAGAAUCAUUUUGAAUAUUCAUUUAAAAGAAGACAUUUUUCGUAUGAUGUAACUUUACA